AUGGGUGGGACUUAUAGGAGUACCGUCAAUGGUCAAAAGGGGAACUGGUCCAUGUAUAUAAAGCUCAGUCAACAGGUAAUCCUUGCCUGUUUUGCUGCCGUGGCCUUCGCCGCCCCCCAGUACAGCUCCAGUGAGGAGGCUGAGUUUGUGCCUAUCCUUAAGGACGACCGAGUCCAAGAGGAAGACGGAACAUACAGCUUCGACUUCGAAACUGGCAAUGGCAUCCGCGUGUCCCAGGCUGGAUCCCCCGACGGUGAUGAGGACGCAGUAAUCAAGGCCGGAGAAUACUCCUACACCGCUCCUGACGGCACUGAAAUCCAUCUCCGCUUCGUGGCUGACGACAACGGCUUCCAGCCCGAGGGUGACCAUCUGCCCGUGGCUCCCGAGUUCCCCCACCCGAUCCCCCAGUUCGUUCUCGACCAAAUCGCUAAAGCCGCCGAAGAGGACGCCGCCCGCGCCGAUUCCGAUGAAAAUUAAAUUAAGCUUUUGAGAAAUCUUACGGUUCCUAAAGCUAUACACAGAAAAACAUUAAUUUAUUGUAUAUGUUUAAAAAAUAAAUCAUGUAAAUAAGA